GGCUGCUCCAGGAAGCAUGGCGUCGCUGGUUAGUGUUCCUGGUGGUUUUUCCGGUGCAGCGGGAUGGGUUCUCGAUUCUAGAAUCAGGUACUUCGAGCAGGGGGUUCCACUUUUAUCCAGGAAGAGAUACUUUAGCCUCUGCCGACGAGGAAAGGGUGUUACUUAUGGAAGUAGCGUAGUGAUAGUGAGGGCGGACAAGCGAAGCAAUGCGCCAGAAGCCGAAGCGACGGACAAAUGGCUGAAGCUCCUCCCUGACAAGAAGUCGGCUUUGUAUUCUCACAGCCUUCCCUGCAUUGAGGCAUGGCUGAAGAGCUUGGGAUUCUUACAGUCGGCCGAGGAGAGAGCUUCGUGGGUGAUUGAGAGGUCGGAUUGGCACGCGCAAUUGUCUCUGGAGAUCACGGAGCUUCGUAUCAGAUACCUCAAGGGCGGCCCUGGUAACUUGGAGAGAGAUAUUGAGCGGAAAUUUAGCUAUGCACUUUGCAGGGAAGAUUUGGAGAAUGCAAUCUUGGGAGGACCAUAGGUGGUAGCUUUUUGCUCCUGAAAUAUUCUAAAUUCUAUAUGCCUCGAUGGAUGCUGCAACCAUCUUGCGUGGUUCAUUGGCAGAUUGGUUUUGCCAUGACUCAGAGAGCAUGCCCAACAAUAUACAUGUUUUUAGUUUCCCACAAA